GAGCCACAACAAGCUGGCGGCAGUCGAUACGGACAUCCUCUCCAAUCUGCCCAACCUGAGAGAAGUGAGGCUUGACCACAAUGAGAUGACAUCCAUCCCUUUAUUUGGAGACGCCGCGGCAACAAUCGUUACACUCGUAUUGCACCAUAAUAAAAUCCAGAGGGUGGAGGGGAGCCUGUUGCAGAAUUUUUCUGCUCUGAAGACUCUAGAUCUGAGUAAUAAUGACAUCACAGAGCUGAGAGAGCAAUGCUUCCCUCUGGGGUUACCAAUCAAAGACCUGUACCUGAGCAGUAAUAAGAUUGUUCACCUGGAGUUUGGGGCUUUUAUGAACCUUGCCGGGAGCCUGCAGGUCCUCCGACUUAGCCGGAACAGACUAACCCACCUUCCUGUCAAAGGCCUAGAGUUGCCUAAGCUCACCCAACUGGAGCUGAGCAGGAACAGGUUGCGGUUGAUUGAGGGACUCACCUUCCAGGGUUUGAGCAGCUUGGAGGUUCUCAAGCUCCAGAGAAACAACAUUAGCAAGCUGACGGAUGGAGCGUUCUGGGGUCUGGCACGAAUGAGAGUCCUUCACCUGGACUUUAACAGCCUGCGGGAGGUGAACAGCGGCUCUCUGUACGGUCUGGAGUCACUCCUGCAGCUCUACCUCUCAAACAACUCCAUCUCCAACUUCAACCCUGAGGGAUGGGGCUUCUGUGAGAGACUUCGAGAACUGAACCUGUCUUACAAUAACCUGACGAAGCUGACCGAGGGCAGUUUUGCCAAACUGGUGAAUCUGAUCACUCUACAAUUGGGACACAAUUCCAUCAGUCACAUCACAGAUGGUGCCUUUAAAGGCCUUAAUUCCCUACGCACGCUGGAGCUGGACCAUAAUGACAUCUCUGGUACUAUAGAGGACACCAAUGGGGCCUUGACUGGGCUUGAAAAUCUUAACAAGCUUUCUCUGUUUGGAAACAAGAUCAAGUCGGUGGCCAAGAAAGCCUUCUCGGGCCUGGAGGCUCUCGAGCACCUGAACUUGGGGGAAAAUGCCAUCCGUUCAAUCCAACCUGAGGCAUUCAACAAGAUGAAGAACCUGCGCUACCUUCAUAUUCAGAGUGAUAGUUUUCUGUGCGACUGCCAGCUGCACUGGUUUCCGGAGUGGCUGGUGAUCCGAGGAAUGAAGCUGGGCGUUCAGGCCACAUGUGCACACCCAGAGAGCUUAAAGGGCACCAGCAUCUACCAGGCUCCACCGCAGAGCUUUGUUUGUGAUGACCUUCCAAAACCUCAGAUCACCGUCAACCCUGUGACCACGGCGGCAGUAUUAGGAAAAGAUGUCCGUCUCACCUGCACGGCCGCCAGCAGCAGUAGCACGCCCAUGACCUUCACCUGGCGUAAGGAUCAGGAGACCCUGCGCCAAGCUGAGGUGGAAAACUUCACCCAUGUUCGGGCCAGUGACGGAGGGGUGAUAGAGUACACCACAGUUCUCCACCUCCGGCACGUCACUUUUAACCACGAGGGCCGCUACCAGUGCAUCAUCAGUAAUGACUUUGGCUCCUCCUACUCUAAUAAGGCCCGCAUCACUGUGAAUGUGCUGCCUUCAUUCGUGAAGACCCCACGUGACAUCACGAUCCGUACCGGCACAAAGGCGAGGUUGGAGUGCGCUGCAGAAGGACAUCCAACCCCCCAGGUGGCGUGGCAGAAAGAUGGCGGUACGGAUUUUCCCGCUGCUCGAGAGCGCCGCAUGCGUGUGAUGCCUGAUGAUGAUGUCUUCUUCAUCAUGGACGUGAAGCUUGAGGAUAUGGGCGUGUACAGCUGCACGGCAAAAAACACAGCAGGCAUGAUCUCUGCUAAUGUCACUCUCACAGUGCUAGAGACCCCUCACUUGGCACAGGAAAUGGAGGAUCGGAGUGCGGUGGUGGGCGAGACUGUUGCGCUGCAGUGCAAGGCUUUAGGCAGCCCGCCUCCUCGCAUCACCUGGCUAAAGGGGGAGGAGCCUCUUCAACCCAGUGACCGUCACUACUUCACCCCUGGAAACCAGCUCUUGGUGAUCAGUAGCACCAUCUUAGAGGACGCCGGACACUACACCUGUGUCAUGUCCAACACACUCGGCACAGAACGCGCUCAAUGCCAACUGAAUGUUUAUCAACGCUUUGAAGAGUGCGCACCAUUUUCAAGUCCCAGCACUGUUACUGUGGGAAUCAUUGUUAUUGCUGUGGUGACCAGCAUUGUGGUGACAUCAUUGGUGUGGGUGUGUAUUAUUUACCAGACUAGGAAGAAGAGUGAGGAGUGCAGUGUAAACACAGAUGAGACCAUUGUCCCUCCUGAUGUCCCAAGUUACCUGUCCUCUCAGGGCACAUUAUCAGAGAGACAGGAUGUGUGCAUACGAGUGGAGUCCAAUGGCGGACCUCAACCCAACGGACGUAUUGAAAACAAUGGUUACGAUGGUCAAGUGGUGUGCACGGACUGUUUGGAAAAUGGCACCAGCUACUUCACACACUGUAACUACUUCCCUCAGGGGAUAGCGCCCCCUUUAGAGUACCAGAAGAUACAUCAACUGUCAACAUUCACCAGCCAAACCACUGGCGAACCACACUGCAAUGGCACACCCAACGGGGUCAGUAAAGACAGCCAAACUCCCAUUUUUCCAACCAACCAUGAAAGGGUGACGAUAUCACCCUCAUCACACAAGUACAACGACCGAAAAGAAAUGUUGGUGAACAGGACCUGCACACUUCCCUCUCUUGAAGAGGACUACCAUCGUCCAGUAAAGCUCCCGUCUGGUGUGGACUGUGACAUUGGGUCCGAGCUUACACAGACUCUAUUAGCCAACGGACACAAGUAUACGCUCGAUCCCAUCCUGAGUGAUAAUGCGUCCUUUAGGCGGCCCAGUGACUAACACCGCACCAACCCUCUUUUUAUAAUCCUUUUUGCACUGAGAACUGCUACCUCACACUGAGGGGCACAGACAAAGCUGGCCCCAUCUAUCUGAUUGCAGAAUAGGGGCGUCCGGAGUUUGAAGGGCGAAGCUUGAGUGGGAUGAUGGCGUCUCAUCUGAGCGUUAAAGCUGUAUAUAGAUAUAAAUCCUCCUGAGGGAGGCUUCAUUCACACUUCAGAAAUGUGACUUGCAUUUGACGAAUGGAAAUGUAUGACAGUGCUAUAAUGUUGGACUUUGAGCUGUACAUAAGAGUUUUCAUAUAUGAAUGUAUGUAUUCUAUAACUUCUACAAAAGAGUGUUUAAAUCUAUUCGGUGCAUGGUCAGAUCAGAGUGGUUAUAUUUUAUUUUACUUUCUCGUGUAGUUUUUUUUUUUUAUUUUUUUAACAGAUCUCUCCUGCUUUUCACAAUUCUAAUAAGCAGUGCCUUAUUACAAGAUCAAAGAAUCUACAAGUCUGUUUUUUUUGCAGGGCAGAAGUUGAGAGAUGCCUGUACAUUUUCCCUUUUCACAAAUUAAAUGUUUGUCAUGCACUUGAAGUUUUGAUAAACUCAAUGAUUAUAACUGGUUGCAUUAAAGGAAUGUUCCAGGUUAAAUGUCUGUGGCAUGCUGUCAUGUAUGUGUACAAAAAUACAUUUACAGUGUAAGUUUAUGGGGCCACUGUUGUAUGCUUUCCAUAGACUUUCAUUGUAAGUGACUAACUGUCAAUGGAUUUUCUGUUUUUGUAUCAAAUAAUUUUUUUUAAUUUGUCAACACUCACUUGUAUUUAACCUAGAAUAUUCCUUUAAAUCAGAAUUCAUAUAUUUUUUUUUUCUUGUCUGUGAAGGAAGAGCUUUGCAUUUAAUUUUUCUGGUCUCUUACUGUACAAAUAGACAGAAACAAUAUUGGCGUAAGUCAAAAUUUUAAGACCUUUUGAUAUAAAUAUUACAAGACACAAACAAGUUAUUUGAACUGGUCUAAAUAUUUACCAGUAUGUAAACUAGGGGUGUGCAGCGAAGCCAUUAUCUGUAUCAGUAUUUGUUCAUAUUACACAAUUAUCUGUCUCUGUAUUUGGAUAGAAACAGGAGUGGGUGGGACUUAAACCGGAAGUGCAUUAAAAGUGGGCGCUUGGUUUAGUUUUAAAUGUUACUCUUACGUUUAUAGUUUCUGUUAAUAAAAUAUGCUUCGUGAAUGCCUUUUCAUAAUAAUAGCCUAAUAAUUUAUAUUAUUAUUAUUAUGUAAUUAAAACUAAUAUAAAAAAAAAUCUUACCAGAUGAAGCUGAAUUUGUUGGCCACAUCAGUAUAGCCUACAAACAGGUGAAAGUCCCGUAAGUCUAGGAAUUUUUAUGACAGGACUUUUAUAAUAAUAAUAAUAAUGUUAAUGGCUCACCAUUGCAACACUGUUCAAUAUAUCCAAAAUCCAUUUCAAUGUCUUGGCAUAAUAUUGCAAAAAUUUGGUGCCAGUCACAUUAAUCCCCUAGGAGGAGUAUUUAAAAGUUCAGGGCCUGCGUUUAAAAAAAAAUAAAUAAAUCUAAAUUCAAUUAAAAAUGGCCAACUUUCUUUUUUAAGGUUGUCCAGCUUGAUGAGAACUAUAGAUGUACCAAGUUUGGUUACUGUAGGUGAAACUGACCCAACCACUUUAGACAAAAGGUGGCACUACAGAGCCCCCCAGCCACACCCAUAUGUUAACAUUGGCCCAGGCCUAAUGGCCAACAACUCUGAUGUAUGUGCCAAGUGUUACGAAAAUGUAAGCAUGCCAAGUGCCACAAAACACCCAAAUAUAUGAAGGAAUAAUAAUAUUUCAUGUGUUGCCAUGGAAACACUAUUUGAGAUAUAAAUCUCUUAACAAUUUUACAUCUGCAGUUAUUCAGAUAAAAACAAGAGGGCUAUUUCAAAGCCUGUUAUAAGUGCUAUACUUCCUGCUGCCAGUUGGUGGCGCUACAACUGUGACCAACAAUAGCCACAUUCAUGUGAUCAGCCCCCAAGACCAAACAUACAGGUACAUUUUUAUGUAAAUCACUCGAUGCACACAGAAGAUAUGCAACACUUACUGUAUUUCAUUUUUUGACGUUUAUCACAUCGCCAUGGCAACACUGUUGGAUAUAUAUAAAAAUGUUUGCAAUAUAGCAUCGUCAAUGUCUGGACAUGAAGUCGCCCACAUUUGGUACCUGUAACAUGAAUCAUCUAGGAGAAGUAUUUCAAAUUCCAGAUCAUGCAUUUUUUAACUAUCCAAAAUGACUUUCUGUUGGGUGGAUCUUAUGACAGUCAGCAUGAAAGUUGUCCAGUAUUAUGAGAACUAUAUGUGUACAAAGUUUGGUGACUGUAGCUCAAAAGGGAUGUGUUACAUAGCCCCCGAACAUGUCCAUCUUCUAGGUGGCGCUACAGAACCCAUCUACAUGCCUAUGAUGCUUGUGCACAUUUUCAAGAGUUUUCAUGCAUGUUUACUACCCCAAAAGUACCGAAAACCUUGAAAAGAACAACAAUAGGAUCUCCACACUUUCUGUGUUUGGGCCAUUGUAAUAAUCCUAAAAUGAACAAUAGGCCCUCUGCACUUUCAGUGCUUGGGCCAUAAAAAGACAGAGCAAGUUUCAGUUUGUUUGUUUUACAUAAGCAGGAAUAUUCUGUAGAUGAAUACUAUAUUGAGCAUUUAAACCUUUAUGGAGCAUUUUAACUUAACCAGAUAAUAACCUUAAGCGCUGAUGUGAAUAUAAAUGUGGUCAACUUUAAAAGACAGAUGAGCUCCGACUUGAAAUCAUCACUUAAGGUCAGGAAUUUAACAUUGCGCUCCGGUUUAGGCUAUAAAUAAAUACAUGGGAAUCACGUGUGAAUCGUGUGAUACAUUAACAGACAUUUCAAGGAGUGGAAAUGUGCUUUAUUUACAGAGACCACAAAUGGAGUUGAGACCGUGGCCAUCCAAUCUGAAAUCACACAGUGUGCAUUUUCAUUCAUAAGGUUUACACUAGAAAUAUUGGCUGCACAUAUUCAUAAAUUCAUUGUAAUUUAGAAUAUGUUCAUUUUUCAAUGUGGCUUUAUGCUUGUUUCUUGGAUUAUCAGUAAAACUAAUAUUUUUUAUAUUAUUCGGAUGUAUCCAUUAUUCAUGCCUUUUCCAAUAAGGUAUUCGGCUUCGGGCACAUCCCUAAUGUAAAUCCUGAAAUUCUGAUAUUUAAGUCUGCAAAGUCAAGGCUCUUCCAUCAACAAAGGUACACACCAUCAAAAGCUGCUUCACUCACCUGUGAUAUCUGUGGUAUGUUUAACUUUUAUAAUGUAUUUGUUGACCAUCUUUUGUAAUACAUUUGGGGAAAUAACAAAUCAAUGUUGAUCUCAUCCAAAAGGAACAUAUAGAGAGAUUUGUUCCAACAAUGACUUUAAGCUAACAGCAAAGCUGAAUUUUGCCAAACCACGAAAGGGAAAGAGCAACUCUCUAGAAAACUUCCAGUCAAGUGUACUGGAGUUCAGGGGCCUUCCUUCAACAGCACAGAAUGUCUACAUGAUGUCUUCAAAGGGAAUAAGUGGAAUCUCUUCUUCGUUGAACACCUCACCAGCUAAUCUUUCAUUGAAUUUGGGACAGACUUCAGCAGCUAAUUCUAAUGCUUCAAGUUGUCCUUAUUAGUUAGCCUGAACCAAAUAACGUCAACAGCCAAGGUCUUUUUUUAUUUGAGGCCAAAUAGUGAAACUCUAGCACUAAACUAGGGGGAUGUUUUGUAAAGUUGGAUUACUGUGAAUGCCAGUAUGACUCCAAAACAUGGUUACUAAAAACUUUAUUCUAAGCUACUAAAAUAUAAAUCCUACAAUAGUUAUCUGAAUUGAUGUCGACCAUAGCUGUAGCUUUAAAAUAUUUGUGGUUGGCUGGUUAAUUGUUUAAUCCAGCUCUGUGAAGAACUCCACUAGCUCAAAAUAGGUUAUUUUUACAGAUGUGUGGGUCACCCUCUUUCAAACCAGAUUAAUUUAUUGAAAUAAACUCUAAUCACGGCUGUACACCUACAUUGCUAAAACUAUUGAAGUGUAAAAAUGAAAAGUGUUUAUUAAAGUCACAUUUUGCUCCUUUA